AAUGGAAGAGGAAAACAACUUUAAAGAUAAUUUUAAUGAUGAACUCACCAAUACUAGAUCUCCAAAAUCAAAAAAAAUAAAAAAAAUUGACUCAGUUUCACCUAAAAAAAAUAUUGGACAUUGGACUAAGGAUGAACAUGAAAAAUAUCUUAAAUUCUUGGAGGAUAACACUUUAAUGAAGAAAAAUAAUAAAAUAUUUAAACCAAUGUCUGAAAUAAUUGGUACUCGUUCUCCAAGUUAAUGUAGGUAAUUAAUAAUAAAAUAUUUAGAUCUCAUCAUCAAAAAUUCAAUCCCUAAUCCCCUCAAACUUAGAGAAAAUCUUGUAAAAUAAUUACUUCUUCUAAUUAAACAACACCAGGUAUGACUUUAUAAGAAGAAACAAAUGUGAACUUAGAAGAUGAAAUGUAAAAUAGUAAUAGGAUUAAACUCAUGUUUUUUGAGGAAGAUGAUAUGGUUCAACCAAAUUUUAAUUUAGAUGAUUUAUGAUC